GGCCAGCCGCAGACACAUACCCUUCCUACAAAAACUAGUACUCCCCACAUCCACAUUCACCUUCACCUUCACCCUCACCCUCACCCUCCCUUCCUCUUUGCUUUGUAGCAUUCAAUGGGCACACUGGAUAUACAAACGCCCUCCAAAUCCACGGACCCAGAAAAGCACAUCCCCUCAGGUGGUGAACAUGCCGACGAGGAGGAGCUCUCUCCCAUCGAAGAAGUCCGGCUAACCGUGGCCAACACCGAUGACCCUACCCUCCCCAUAUGGACCUUCCGGAUGUGGUUCCUGGGCUUACUCUCGUGUGCCCUCCUUUCCUUCCUCAACCAAUUCUUCGCUUACCGUACCGAGCCCCUCGUCAUCACCCAGAUCACCGUCCAAGUGGCCACUCUCCCCAUCGGUCGUUUCAUGGCUUCCGUCCUCCCGAAGACCAAGUUCCGGAUACCCGGUUUCGGAUCUCGGACGUUCUCGGUCAACCCGGGUCCGUUCAACAUGAAGGAGCACGUCCUCAUUUCAAUCUUUGCUAAUGCUGGGAGUGCAUUUGGAUCUGGGUCUGCAUACGCUGUUGGUAUUGUUACCAUAAUCAAAGCCUUCUACCACCGCAACAUCUCGUUUGUUGCUGGCUGGCUUCUUAUUACCACUACGCAGGUGUUGGGAUACGGCUGGGCAGGGCUAUUGAGGAAGUACGUGGUGGAGCCGGCACAUAUGUGGUGGCCCAGCACCCUCGUUCAGGUUUCACUUUUCCGGGCUUUGCAUGAACAUGAGAAUGAGCGCAUGUCACGGGCAAAGUUCUUCCUGAUUGCAUUAAUCUGCAGUUUCUCAUGGUACCUGGUCCCAGGGUACCUCUUCUCAACACUCACAAGCAUAUCAUGGGUCUGCUGGGUAUUCUCCAAGUCAGUUACAGCCCAGCAGCUCGGUUCUGGCAUGCGAGGCCUUGGACUUGGAGCUCUGACACUUGACUGGUCUGCUGUGGCAUCUUUCUUGUUCAGCCCCCUCAUCAGCCCUUUCUUCUCCAUCGUCAACAUUUUUGCAGGCUACGUAUUGAUAGUUUACAUUGCAAUCCCAACAGCAUACUGGGCAUUUGACAUGUACAAUGCAAGUAGAUUUCCUAUUUUCUCAUCACACUUGUUUACAGCCCAAGGUCAAAUAUACAACAUAUCAGGUAUUGUAAAUGACAAGUUUGAGCUAGAUCUAGCAAAGUAUCAGGAGCAAGGACGGAUUCACUUGAGCAUGUUUUUUGCUCUCACCUAUGGCUUUGGAUUUGCCACAAUCGCAUCCACCCUCACACAUGUGGCAUUUUUCUAUGGCAGGGAAAUUUAUGAGCGGUAUCAUGCUUCUUACAAGGGCAAGGAGGACAUCCAUACCAAAUUGAUGAGGAGAUACAAGGACAUACCUACCUGGUGGUUCUACAUUCUGCUUAGUGUGACACUUGCAGUUUCCUUAGUACUCUGCAUAUUUUUAAACAAUCAGGUUCAGAUGCCAUGGUGGGGACUCCUCUUUGCUGCAGUCAUGGCCUUUAUUUUCACUCUUCCAAUCAGCAUCAUAACUGCCACAACAAACCAGACACCAGGACUAAACAUUAUCACGGAGUAUGCAAUGGGUCUAAUAUACCCCGGAAGACCAAUAGCCAAUGUUUGCUUCAAAACCUAUGGAUACAUGAGCAUGGCUCAGGCUGUCUCUUUCCUCAGUGAUUUUAAGCUGGGACACUACAUGAAGAUUCCUCCAAGAUCAAUGUUCUUAGUUCAGUUCAUAGGAACAAUUCUGGCUGGAACCAUCAACCUUGCGGUGGCAAUGUGGUUGCUAGACUCCAUAAAGAACAUAUGCCAGGAUGAUCUUCUUCCUGCUGACAGUCCCUGGACAUGCCCUGGAGACCGAGUCUUCUUUGAUGCAUCUGUUAUAUGGGGUCUGGUAGGACCAAAACGGAUCUUUGGGACACUUGGAAACUAUGGGAUGAUGAAUUGGUUCUUCCUUGGAGGUGCAAUAGGGCCAUUUAUUGUUUGGCUGUUGCACAAGGCAUUUCCCAAGCAAAAUUGGAUUCCUCUCAUUAACCUUCCAGUCCUUCUUGGAGCAACUGGAAUGAUGCCACCGGCAACACCAUUGAACUACAAUGCAUGGAUUAUUGUCGGAACAAUUUUCAACUUUUUCAUCUUCCGUUACAGAAAGCAGUGGUGGCAGAGGUACAAUUACAUUCUUUCAGCAGCAUUGGAUGCUGGCGUGGCUUUCAUGGGAGUGCUAUUGUACUUUUCAGUGGGCAUGGAAGAGAAAGGUUUGACCUGGUGGGGUACCGAUGGUGAACAUUGUCCAUUAGCAACAUGUCCAACAGCCAAGGGCAUAGCUGUUGAUGGUUGUCCAGUGAACUAACUUGAAUGCUUCUGUCAUACAAGAUUUUCGCUUCUAAUGUUGUGCAACAUAUACAAGUAGGAAUUACUAUGAUCGUGGGAUUUUAAAUUUGGACUAGAUAAAUGGUGGGGAUGUUAUGCAUUAUAGAAGUCAUAAUAUUUUGUGCAAA